AUGCUCUUGGUGUCGGGAAUGAUGGGCGUGAAGCGGCAGUGCAUGGGCACGCUGAGGUCUCGACGAGAGUCUCGAAUACCGACGCACUUGGUGACGGUUACGGAGCUGCCUGUCUCGGCCAUGGAUGACCCUAACCCCUUCGUGCCCCCCAGCCAGUACGAGGUCCGACUGAACGUAUCGAGGGGUCUCGGUCUGUCUCUCAACAUCACGGGAAACGACGUUCGUGUCAAGGGCUUCUCGACCGUACAGGGCGGCGACAUCGGGCCUGCCCAGGCAUGCGGCGACAUCCAGGUGGGAGACGCCCUCGUGCGCGUGAACCACGAGCAGCUCAACCUUCUCAACCACGAGAACGUGGUCCGGGUCCUCAGGGGCCUCCUCCGCACCACCGGGAGCCAAGUCCUCCUCCUGCGCUUCGCCUACGCGGAGGACUCGCCUCGGCUGCUGCGGGCGACGACUUCGCCGCCGCCGCCGCCGCCGCCGCCGUUACCGCCCAAGACACGGGUACCGCGUCCCUCGACCAUGGAAAACCCGCGGUCAGAACCGCGGGUGUCCCACGGCGGUCUCGACACCGAAGAGGCUUUUCGGUCGGAGUCGUGGCACGGGUCGAGCAAGCCGCCGAGGGCCCGCGAAGGUCAGGGACAGGGGCGAGAGAUGGCGCGGUCGGUGUCGCCACACCGCCGCACCGGCCCGGCCGUGCUGCGCUCGCAGUCGCUCGGGGAGGGCGGCCCGCCGACGGUGGCCGGGUUUGCCCGUAAGGGUAGCGGCGCCGAAGCUGGCCACAAGGAAGGGGAAUGGGAAGGCUGGACGGUGGACGGGAUGAGGCCCAGGGGGAAGCGGAGGGGGGAGUUGUGGGGGGAGCCGGAAUUGGGGCUCGCCGGGGGCGACGGCGGCAGCAGGCAUAUUUACCUCGGGGACAUGGGGCACGCGAGGGUCCAGCGGACGCUGCAAGCCAUAGCGGAAGACGUGCAGCCGCCACCGCCGUUGCCGAGGGAGUUGUACAGGGGGCGGAGGCGGAGGCGUCCGCGGCGGCGUCGGUCGUCGUCGUCGCUGCCGCUGGCCCGUGCUUCUGCCGGCGGCGGCGGCGGUGGCGGCGGCGGCGCUAGUGGUGGGGAAGAGGCGGAGGAGGAGGUGGGCGGUGUCAUCAACCUGGUGUCGUGUCAGGGGGUGGUGCAGGCGGAGGUGAGCAGGCUGGAGGGGGAGCUGGAGAGGCAGAGGGCCAGGCUCGCCAGGCGAAACCGUCGGUCAAGCGCGCGCAGCCUGGUGGCCAAGAUGCUGCACAAGUGCGGCCCAAGCGCCCUGUUCUCUGACGACUCUCCGUCUCCAACAGCCCGCGGUAGCGGAAGGGGACCAGCGGCCGGUGCCUUCUCGAGAAGACGGUCGAGCCUUGCCGGUGGCACCGGCGCCUCUUGGAGGGAAGAAAACAGUGGGGGUGGUCUGGGUAGGCCUAGCGACGGCGAUCUGACAGACAGCAGCGAUGAUAUCUCUGGGACCGUGGCUAGACGCGCAACAGCAGCGGCAGCCCGAGUGUCUGGUGAAGCAAGCGGGGUAGGACAAGGCGAGGACGGGUUUUCAAUCGACGAUGACGAGCAGCAGCAGCAGCAGCAGCAGCAGGAGGAGGAGGAGGAGGAGGAGGAGGAGGGGGCGUGUGAUAUCUUCUUGGAGGCGGUGUCGACGGCAGGGCUGCAGGACGAGCUCUUGUGCAACCGCGAUGUCGAGGUGCUUGGGGUCGACCCCCCUAGACCCCUCCCCGCCGCCGCCUACGACCUGCAGACCGCGCUCGAAUCGGUGCAGCACUUCGCCACGCAGACUUUGGCGGGAGUGGUCCAAGCAGCAGCGGUAAGAGGCUCCGACCUCUACGACAACGACUACGACCCGCUCUCGGGUGCUAGGUCACCCCGCCACCUGGCGGGCGGCGGCAGGGCGGGCAAAGGCUCUGCUGCGAAGGAAGCCAGGGAGGGGGGGGUGGCGGCGGGUUUGGUGGAGGAGUGGGAGGCGGCGUGGCCUCCCCGGGAGCUGACGGCGGCGCUCGGGCUGGUGACGGCGAGGCAGAUGGCCCACGCCAUGCGCUGCGACACGGAGCCCUUGAUUCAGAUCUGGAUGCGCUGCUUUACCCCCGUCGACGCGAAGCACCGGACCAAGCUCUGGGGCGGGCUCGCCCCUCCUCCCUCCGUCAACGACCGGUUCCUCGAGGCGGGGAGGUGGCACCGGCAGCUCGUGUGCGGCCUCCUCACUCUCUACGCUCAGGUGCACAUGAGCUGGCCCUUCCUCGCACGGCCGAAAGACGACCCCGAUGCUGUAGGCCUCCGGUCUCUCCGACUAGAAACUACCUGGUUCGGAACUCAAGAGGAUGUCGGCGGCGGCGGCGGCGGCGGUGGCAUAGCCGAGCCCGGCAACGCUGCCGCGGAAGAAGAGUCUCCGAUCGGAGCGGGAUCGGCGGCGGGUAGCUGGGACGAGGCGGGUGGCGGCGCUGUCGGCAGAGGGCCGUUGCAGUGGGACGAGGAGAAGGCCGUUGGGUUUAUCCAGGAUUACGGUGCCUACCUCGAAGGUGAUGCGGUGGCAGCGGCCGCAUCCUGCCGGGAGAUGGAAUGGGCCUUGGAUGAGGUGCUCCGCCUGGCUGAGCAGUGCGAAGACUACAAGUCCAAAGAGAGGGUUCUGCACCAGCUCCUCCGGGGUCCGCGUACGCCAAGCAUGACUACCGUCUCGGGGAGAAGCUCCCCCACGGUGUGGCACCAACGCUCCGCCAUGUUCGGCACCACACCGGCGCGCAGCCCAGCCAACAGCAUCAGCACCACGGGGACUCGAACCCCGGGCAACUGGACGCCGACCAUCAUGAGCCCCAGCCGCGCGGCCUUCCCAUCGUACCAGCUGCCGAGCGAGGCGAUGUCGGCUGGUGGUGGUGGUGGUGGUAGCGGGUGGAAGGACGGAGACGGGUUCGGUGGCACCUUAGAUGCGGCGCUAUCGUCCGGUCCUAUGGAAGAGGACGCCGUUCGCAAGGCGCUGGGACUGCUAGUGCCUCCCGCGGACCCCGCCGGUAACGUCGUCGAAGACGAAAACCACCGCCGUCACGCCAACGCGGAGCACGGACAAGGCGUUGGGUUCUCGGGGCACGAGGCUGGCGGGAGCGGGCGGUUGUUGAGCCAGACGACGAAACAGGCUCCGGGGGGGGCACCGCUGUGCCUUCUCCUGAACAACCUGCGGGAGCUGUUCCGGUGGGACGUGGCGGCAGCGGCGGAGAUGUGUGCGGACGCGUUUCCCGGCGUGCGGCCCUGGAACGUCCACCACGCCUUGCACCGAGACCAAGACAAGCCCUGGACUACCUCCGAGCCGGUAACCCCGGUUGGGGGGGGCACCGCUAGAUACCAAGCCCAAGCCCCGCCAGCGGGGGCAGGGGUGGCAGGGGGUGACGGCGACGGCGGCACUCGGACUGAUGCCGCCUUCCACGCUUAUCUGUGGGCUGUGCUACGGAAGCACCCCGGGGAGUGCCGGGGAGACUGGAAAGUGAUCCAGAGAUGCCUGCAGCUAUCUCUCCGGCUGUCCACAAAGCUACGCUCCCUGCCCUCCGACCACCCUCUACACAGCUUCUGCAAGGCGGCCACCCGAAACUUCAAGCGCCGCCGACGCGCCGAUGACCCAGCAACUCGCGAAACCGGAGUUAGACACCCGGAAGGGGCGUUUUCAACAGACGGAAGAGGACAGUUUCACAACAGUCGCAGGUGGCGAGCUGGUGGAGGCAGCGGCGGCGGCAGCGGCAUGCGUACGCCAACCGGAGACCUCCGGUUGGGGGUGGAAGAUAGCGGCGAGACUGGUGACGGUUCGGCGUGGCGGCGCUACUCGGACGUCGUCGAGGAGUUGGUGUCACAGUGGUGCAAACACGGGGACGCGUUCGGCCUGGAUCCGCUGUGGCUUUUGCCGAAGCUGAGAGCGCACAAGAAUUGGCCUGUGGCCUUCCGGAUCUGCGGCGCCAUUGCUUGCUCUUGGGAAGAACAAGGAGAGAGAGGACACCAAAUGAGCACGGGGGUGAUAUCCCACUGCCACGCCACCGCUGCCGCCGACGGCCUCGAAGAAGGGCACGACUAUGACAGCCUCGUUUCCACCCUGCCGGUGUUCGACACCCUUGCGGACGCGUGUUUUGCGACUUUCAACGACGGGGACACGGAGACCUUGGCCGCCGCCCUCGGCACCACUUGGGCCGCGGACGGGGCCCUCCGCAGGGUUUCCCUUCGAGCGAGACCGCCGCCGCUUCGAGGGGAUGAUGGCGGGGGGGUAUCCCCUGGUCAGCAGGCUGUAGCCGCGUCUCUUUCUGUUGAGGAGAGUCAAGUUUUGGGCCAGGUUAGUGCCUACGGCAACGUGGCCGCCGCCGCCGCCGCCGCCGGCCCAGAGUUCGGGCACCAAUCCCCAAUCGGAAUGCAAGGUAGCAGCAGCGCCCGUGCCGGUGCUUGCGCACAAGAAGAGAGCCACGAGGCAAGCGGCGGCGGCGGUGGGUGGGUGGAAGAGUCGAGGAUGGUGGACGUCGUUCGAGGCCUGGCGCGGCGGUGCAGCGGGCAGCCGGUCGGAGCAGACGACGCGGGGGGGUCCAACAACGAUGGGGGCGACGCGGAUGGGCGGGGCGACGCGGAUCUGGGGUGCUCGAGCACGGGGGGGGGCGAUGCGUCGAUGGCAUCCGAGGACCCCGAAGGUGGCAGCGGCGGCGGCAGCGGCGGCGGCGGCGGCGGCGCGGCCGGGUCGCUGGGCGCCCUGUCGUUGCUCGAGCUGGCUGAGGCCGUGUUGGAUGGUGUGGGCCCUGAGGCGACCGGAGACGUGCUCGCGGCGUGCCCUCACCUGCUGGAAGGCAUACCCCCCAAGUUUUUCCAAGACCUGGCGGAUCGACAGGCAGCCCUGAGCCAGCAGCGAGCCUUGGAGGCUGCGCUGUUGCACCAGGCGACCGCCGCCAUCUGGGCUUCUCGUGGCAGGAGGAGAGCAACGGUCACGGGGGCUGGCGACACGGGAGACAGCAGCGAUGCGAGCCCGCUCGGCCCAAGGCUAGCGUGGCUGGCGUGCGAGGAGCUCACAUCCUUCUUCCAGGACAACGCCAACAGCGCUAGCGCUAGCCCCAACGCCCGUCUUCUUGGCGGCGAACCGGGAUCGGCGGGGUCUUCUUGUGCGGGAUCCCCGCCGGGACUACAGCACCAUCACCGCGCGACCAUGGAGGUGUUCGCCGCCGGCAUCGGCGGCGACAACCUAUCGCGCGUUUUUAACGGUUCCGGCGGGAACGACGACGGGUUAUUCCGGUCGCUGCGACGGAAGGAACCGGGGAGCGUCAGCCAGGGUUUGGUGGCGUCGAUGGGUGUUAACCUCGACCUUAACCUCGUGCUGCCAGGAAACGCGCACCGCGGCGCCGCCUUCGACCCGGCCUCGCCGUGCGGGUUCUGCGGCCUCGCUCUCUCCGGGGGGGGCGUGGCUUGCGAUGGCGGUGGUGAAGAAGGCGAGGGCGAGCUUGUCUUGUGUGCAUGCGGCCGGGGCAUCCACUCGAGAUGCCUGGCGGCGGCGGGGUGGGAGGGCGGCUGGGAUAGCGGCCGGUGGUACGAGGCGGGGUCGAUGUUAGUGUUUCCGUGUCCACAGUGCGCGUAGAGGUUUAGAGAUGCUGAGUUGGAGCGUGUGUGUUUGUGUAACCCCAACACUUUUAUUUCAUUUGAUUGCAUUAUAGGUAUUUUAUGCUGGAGGCCUACAUGGUACCGGUAACAGAACAUAGUUGGUCCGAGGCAGGACGUCGCUACUAUUCCACCAUUAGUUUUUCGUGAGCUGUGUUGUUUUCCUGGUUUGGAGGAAAGGGUCCGCGGUGGACGUUGCGACUGCCCUUUCUUGUCCCUCGUUGGCUUGCGUUUUCGUGGCGAGUGCUCGUGUGGUGCAGUCAAAGGCUUGUUUUUCGUGCCUGUUCCUCUGUGUGGUGCAGCCAAGUAUCUUGGCCAAGGGUAUUCACCAAGUACCCUUUACUUGGUCGUGUACCAAUAUGUUUCGUUUCAUGAGGUUGUCCUGUUUUUCGAGGACAGAUGGGUCCUAGUGUUGGUGAUGUGAUGUGCGCCUUUUUCCCUUGGUGUGUGAUUGUCUAUUCCCGUCUCUGUUUUUGCUUGCCACGGCUGCCGUGUGGUUCUGCGUGACAUGCCCUUCUCGCUUGGUUUUGCUACCGGUAAUAUAGACCGAUACACUAUAUGUCUUGAUCGAGUUGUUCACCACGCCGAAGCUUGAGCUUCGCUUCUUUUUUUUGUAUACUACCAUGUUUCUUUUUUGGUGAAGGGAUUUGUUGCAGCUGCCCAUGCCUCUUUUCCUUGAUCUCCUGGCUAUGUUAUGCUGUUUUAUGAGAGACAGAAAAUCGGCAAAAGAAAGACAUAUCUCCACCUUAGACUCGGAGCACUGGUGUGCAUAUUUACCUGGUACCAUGUUUUUAAGUGAUCACUAUACAGGUAGUCACGGUUCAAUUAAUGUUUGCCUUGUCGAUCUGUGGGUUGUGUUGUGCGUCUGUGCGCUGGUUUCUUUGGAUUUUGUGUUGUUGACUUU